GCCGUUGUUAUGGUAAAACAACAGCUGUUCGGAAGUAUUUUCACAUUUUCGCUGAAAGAAACAUUUUUUUUAAAUAGUAAAACUGGAGUCAAUGCAAUUAAAACACAACAUUGACCAGUACUUUUGAAAUAAAUACUGCGAAAAGCUAACGAUCUGUUAAAGGCUUUCUUUUUUUGUUUGCCAGUUAGCAAUUAGCUAACAGGCUAAAUUGUUUAUCACCAAAAACAAUAAAUGGUAACAUUUUGAAGAACCUUCUCCAGCCAGUCUCUGGUCAGAGGUCUUUUCCAAAUGGAUGUCAGCAUUGCAGUGUCGCUGAUUCGAGGUCAGAUGGGUGCCGUUGUUGAGCGAGCAGUGAACGGAGCCGUGGAGACGGUGUUGGCUGAGAUGCUAAAAGUGGUUGGAGUCAAAUUCGAGGAACUGAAAGUCCAAGUGGCCCUGAUGCAGAGGGACGUUGCAUCAUUGCAAAGGGAAAAAGCCCAAAAAGAGAAAGAGAAUGACAACAUCCGUGCCAAGCUGCGGUAUACCGAGCUAAAGCUAAAAUACUACAGGCAAGGAGUGGAGGAGGAGCUGCAGCAACGAGUUUCUGCCUCCACUCUGAGCCGCAUUCACCCUUCCAUUUACCUUCAAGCACAGCGAGGUGGUGCAGGUGUUUCCUCCACUGAGAUUUCUCUAUCUUGCUCGACCCAGAUAAAGAACCCAGAGGGACCACUGACAGCAAGCGAUCAAGAAUGCAGCUCUUCGCACAGCACGAGCAAGCAUGCAAUCGGAGUGCGCUGUCAUUCAGAUGCAGGAGAUCUGAGCUCUGACACGUCUGACUUACUGCUGCCAGUCUCACUCUCAUUGAACACUCCAACAGAAUCUAGUCAGGACAGCAGCACAGAGCGAGAUGCAGUUCACAUCAAGGAUCAGGAGAAUGAAUGUGAGUGGACAGCCACUCUGCAGCCACACACGGAGGCUGGCGACGCUCUCAUGGUUCCUCCUCCUGUCCAGGCUCUAACUCUGGAUCCGGGGCAGAAGUCAGCCGAUGGCUCACCGUCCCCUCAUGUUUCCAACCAGGCCGAUAGCUCCACUCUGCUCUCCUCUGCUCCACAGGUGAAGCAGGAGGAGGAGGAACAGGUGAUCUGCAUAAAGGAGGAGCCAGAGGAGGAGCAGGAUGUGAUGGCCAACCUUCUGCUGGACUGCCAGCUGCAGCAGGAUCAUCUUCCAGAGUCAGAGGCUCAAAGGUCACUGAUAGAGUGGUCAGGACUUCCAGCAAGUCAGAGGAAUAACUCUGGAGCCUACAGCUCAGCAGCACCAUGCUCUGGUCUGAUGCCUCAGCCUUUGAGCUCCCUGCAGUCCAUGGGUGCUUUACCAUCCGGUAUCCCACAUCGCCAGGCGGUGCGGCAGUGGACUAAGGACCUCAGUCUUUACGAAGAAUACAAACUGCGCAGGAAUGAGCUCCGCAAGCGAAGCAUCAACAGACGCAGAGAGCUGGAGAAGACACUGCCUCAGCCGAUGCUUGCAGAUCUGGUACGAGACCGCCGAGAGAAGACCAGAUUGAGAGUGGCCAGAUGGAGAGCUAAAAGGAAAAUCCAGGCCUGUGUUAACCAGGCUCCGGCUCCUGAUGGCGCUGCAGGCCUUUGCCAAACUGGUUUUCCCAUCAGCAGCCAGAAUCAGCAGCUCAGAGUGACUUGUGCUGCCACCUCCGGCAGUCAUCAGAGACAGAUGCUUCAGUCCAACAGCUUGCUCAACAACCUUUCAAGGCUGCAGACGGCCAACAGCAUCUCCACCAACCUCCCCUUCACUCCCUCCACCUCUCCACUCCUGAGAGGACCCAACAUGGCCCCACAUCCGCACACUGUGACAUCUUCAUCCUCUUCCUUCUCACAGGCUCCUGAUGGCGCUGCAGGUCUUUGUCAAACUGGUUUUCCCAUCAGCAGCCAGCAUCAGCAGCUCAGAUUGACUGGUGCUGCCACCUCCAGCAGUCAGCAGAGACAGAUGCUUCAGUCCAACAGCUUGCUCAACAACAUGUCAAGGCUGCAGACGGCAAACAGCAUCUCCACCAACCUCCCCUUCACUCCCUCCACCUCUUCCUCCUCCUCUCCACUCCUGAGAGGCCCCAACAUGGCCCCACAUCCGCACACUGUGACAUCUUCAUCCUCUUCCUACCCCCAGGUCAGCUUAUUGCAGCAGAGCAUCUCUCUGACGGACACGGAUAUUUUGCAGUGAGAAAAGAGAUUUUUACGAAUGUAGUUUUCAAAUAUGUCAUGUCUGGUGUCCAGGAAAGGUCUAUUAGACACUUUUUGGGGUAGCUUUCUUACCUUUUUAGGUGAAUUUCUAUUUCCAAGACAAAAGUCAGAAGCCUGCACGCUAAAACUUUAAUAACUUAUUUAUUAGACGACGAGGUUUCAGUUGAUAGUGUUUUUUCAUCACGUCAGACGUACAAAUACCUUAUCACUACUGCUUAGAGCAUGGCUGCCCAAAUUGGGGCAGUUUGGCCCGCGACCAAUUAUAUUUGGCCCGUGCCUUCCCGCACUGUCCCACCAUAAACGAUCGGAAGCUCUCGUUGAAAAGUAUUUAUUGGCGCACUACCAAUAUUUGGCUCCAGUCAGCUCCUAGCUAUCCGAUAACGCCCAAGACCAGUGAGUGAGAGGAUACAAGGAUGGAGCGUAGUAGGCUGUGGCACACAGACAAACGAAAAUUUAAAAAAACUUGGGAACAGGACUAUUUUUUUACCGAGGUAGAUUCCAAUGCAGUGUGUCUGGUAUGUAAGCAGAGGGUCGCUGUUUCAAAGGAAUACAACAUUCGCCGUCACUAUCUAACUAAGCAUGCGGCUGAGUUCACAAAGUACACUGGAGAACAUCGCAAGGUCAAGUUAGCAGACUUGCUAACAAAGCUAACCACCCAGCAGCGAACUCUACUUCAGCCGUCGACUGCACAAGAAAAUGCCACUCGGGCUAUGUGGAUGCAGUCAGUGAGGAGCUUCAAAUGGAACUUUUGGAACUUCAGUCUGAUUCAGACCUCCAUAGCAGGUUCAGAGAGCUUUCCUUACAAGAUUUUUACAGGUCUAUUCCCGCACACAGAUAUGGCAAGAUCCGCAAACAUGCCCAGGUUAUGUUAUCCCUCUUUGGAAGUACUUAUGUCUGUGAGCAGGCUUUCAGCCUUAUGAAUCUUAACAAGUCCAAACUGAGGAAUGCUUUAUCUGACUCUCACCUACAUGACAUUCUCACUUUGUCAGUUAGUCAGCUUGAACCUGAUAUUGAGAGGCUUUUAAAAACCAAGAACAGGCUUCAUGUUUCCCACUGAUUGGACUACUACAGGCAGAAUAUGUAGGCCUGCCCUAGGCCCCCAUUGUGUCACCUGGGAGUAUGGUAGGCCCAAGGACUGGUAAUGUUCCACACCUGUCCACAAAUAUUUCAUAGUGCUUCAGUUAUUUUUUUAAUUUAAAGAAGCCAGAUCGAUGUUAUGAAAUGUUAUUGACCUAAAUGUGAAGCACAGUAAACAGUGCAAUUCAUUUUUCAAAAUGACUUUGUGAUAUAGUGUUUAUUUUGCACACGUAUGCUUAACUUACACACGUAAUGUACUGCACUCAUAUAUUUACCGCACACUUAAUGUACUGCAAAAUUAUCAUUUUGGCCCUCCGCCCUCCCCUCACGUUAAAUUUUGGCCCUCCAUCGGGAAGUAUUUGGGCACCCCUGGCUUAGAGCAUCCAUCUUAUAUGGAUCACCUUGUAUUUGCCCUAAGAUAACAACCAGUCUAGAGUACAAGCUUAUCCCUUUUUGAUUGUAAAACACAUUUAAAACUGUAUGUAAUAAAUAUCCGAUACACAGGAAAGGUGUAUAGAUGUAAAAACCUUCAAAGUAAGUUCUUAAGCUCUCCUGUACAUGUUAAGUGUUGAUUUAUUUGAAAAUGAAAUGUAUGGUUAUGUUUAUUUAAAUGCAUGUUAGUGUCUUUUUAAAAGUCCAGACUACAAAGGGUUUUUCCAGUGUGUUGGUAAUUGUACUUGUUGCAGUUUGUUUUGGAGUUUAAAUGCCUUAAACACAAAGAAAUUGCCUCAAAUAAUCUUUAUUUUGUAGUUUGGCCAGAAAAAAAAUCGACACUACAAUACGUUGAAAGAGUCGUAUUGAGACUUCAAUAAAUCUGAAUGCUUCACUUUGA